CUACACGAUGAUUUAUGGCUAUUCAUUUAAAGUAUUUUCUACAGCCUUCAUAUUUGCUGGUUGUGUUUUUUAUGCUGGCUAAAGAAUCUAUAGUAAUUAAUAGGAGUAAAAAAAAAAAUUAGCCAGCAAACAAAGUUUCUAAACACUCAAAUAUAUACUUGUUGGUCCACCAGGAGUUGGAAAAACAAAGUUAUUUAAAAGAAUUCUUAGCGUUUUGAAAAAUUCAAAAUAGCUAGAAUAAGGGUUUUAAGAAUGUUAAAUAAGACAGGAUAUUGAUUUAGUGUAUACACCUUCAUUAGAUUUUGAAAACAUUGAAUAAAGGGAAAUCAGCAUUCCAAUAUUUUAGUAAUACAUGCAGAAAAAUCAUAUUGCUCAUUUUUUCUUUUUAGUUAAUUUUGAAAGAACAGAUCUAAUGAAGAAAAAAAUAUUGGAUCUUUAUAAGUACUUUAAAAAAUACAAAGAGAAAAUUACCUUAGUGAUAACUGACUUUUAGCAAAGUGAAAACUAGGAAGAAGACAAAAAAAAUUUGAAAGAAGCCCUUAAAAUUUAUCUGAAUAGCACAAUGUCAAUUAUAUUCGUGGAGAGGGACUUUAAUGUAGAAGAAUUUAGAAAUUAAUUGUUAGUAGAAGCACAUGCUUUCAGCUUGAGCGAUACAAUUUUUGAGCCAAUAAAUCAUGAUGAAUAAAAAUAAAUUUUUAAGUAGCUUGAAAAUAAGUUUACACAGAAUUAUCCGUUUAUCAAAGAUGAUCAUUUCAUUCAAAUGGAUGGCUAACAAAAAGUUGUCAAGAAUUAAUCAUGAACAAAUUUUUUUAUGUUCCCAAAUUUUAG